AUGCAUGAUUUCUGCUUCACUAUCCCGUACGGGAUGCUUUUAAUCGGCGGUGGAUUUAUCGGGUACAUGAAGAAAGGAAGUAUUACAUCUUUCGCCGGAGGUGCGGGAACUGGCUUGUUACUCAUUCUCGCUGGAUUUCUCAGUCUCAAGGCUUUCGAGAAGAAGAAGAAUUCCCCCGUCGCUGUCGUUCUCCAGACAGUAAUCUCAGCUGCUCUCACAUUAGUCAUGGGACAACGUUACUUGCUCACGCAAAAGAUUAUGCCAGCUGGUUUGGUUGCAGUGAUCAGUGCUCUCAUGACCUGUUUUUACGUAUACAAGAUUGCAACUGGUGGCAAUAAAAUCCCAGCAAAAGCUGAAUGA